GUGAUUCCAAAAGUUUAUUACUCUAGCAAACGUGCUAUAAAGUUUUUAUAGAAAAACUAAAUAUCAAAUCCAUUUGUUCGACAGGGGUGACUACUGUUCUUACCAUGACCACACUAAUGAUGGGAGCCAGGACCUCACUUCCUAAUGCCAACUGCUUCAUUAAGGCUAUUGACGUCUAUCUCGGCAUCUGUUUCACCUUCAUCUUUGGUGCUCUGCUGGAAUAUGCCUGCGCUCAUUUCUGCACCAUGCAACACCAGACCAUUGUAGAUGUGCAAAGGGAACUACUCAAAGAAUUCGAGGAGUCAAAUGGUACGACUCACAUGGUCAAUUCAAUGUCACCCAAAAAGUUGAAGACGGAAGACUCCACUCAGCAGGAGAUGCCUGAGCAAUCUGUGGCAUGUGAAGGGAAUGAGGCCGUGGACAAGAAGAAAGAGAAGGUGUGCAGUUUGUCCUCUGUAAAGCAAAUGUCUCGCCGAGCAGCAUCCAUGAUGAGUAUCGAGAAUCCAAACAACAUUGACAGACACUCACGAAUACUGUUCCCUAUGGCAUUUCUCCUCGUCAAUAUCUUCUACUGGCUCUACUACCUUUUAUUCUAACGGACGGAAAGCUCUACCUCCCAUCUCCAUAAAUGAACAAAAUAUUACACAUAUGACUGAAAAAGUGAAAAGACUGUUCACUACCCAUCAAUUCCAGUUGAAUAGUGCCCUAUAACACUGAGCUGGACUUUUACAUGGUUCACUGUUGCAUUGUUUCUACGCGACAGUGAAAUGGACACACAUAAAUCACAAUAGGGACACAUCUGCAGUAGGACACAAGGAAGGACGCUGUUGUACAUUGCCUUCAUGUUGCUGAUUAAUAAGGGUUCAAUGCUUUACCUGUUUUUUUUUCUUAUUAUUGCUUUGCUAGGUAAAUGUAAUGCGCUGUAGGGACAUUGUAAACUCCAUAAGCACUGAGCAAUCUAUAUGCCAUUAAGUAAAACCAAUAAUGGGCAAUGUACAGUAUGCAUGUAUGUACAGUGGGGUCCAUAAGUCUGAUUCCAUAUUGUAAAACUGUGAUUCAAAUCUGGAAAUAAAGUUUUAAUAUAUAGCCUAAAUGUAAAAAAAAAUGCAAAACAAAGACUAUUUAAGGUGAAAUAAAUUAAAUAUUUAAGAUUCAAAAUUUCUAGGGCACAAUUCAAAUAAGCAAAUUUGUGACAUUAGACAUGUUAACAUUCAAAUAAAAUAUGUAGCCUAAUAUGUAGGCUUAUGAAAAAUCUGACUACUUAAUCACCCACUCAUCCAUGCAUCCAUUUACCUUCCAAUCUGUCUAUCCACAGAUUCAUCCAUAUCAAGUGAUUUAUUUGGAUAUAUCACCCUCUUCAUCAGUUUUAGACUAAACGCCAUUAAACGC